AUGAUUGCAGGUGUGUUAAUGAAGGUGCUGUGGUCCUCAGGUGUCCCCCCUCCAGAGGUGGUCUGGCUCCACGACGGUCUGGAGGUGACCGAGUCCGAGGACUUCCACCUGCUGAGGGAGGGGAGCCGCUGCACGCUGCUGAUCCAGGAGGUGUUCCCCGAAGACAACGGCACGUACUGCUGCCGGGCCUGGAACCAGAACGGAGAGGCCCAGACCCAGGCCCAGCUCACUGUGGAAGAGCCCCAGGACGGCGUGCAGCCCUGGUUCAUCACCAAACCCAAAGCCGUGAGCGCCGUGGUGGGUCAACACGUGCUCCUGUCCUGCGCCGUGGCCGGGGACCCGUUCCCCCAGCACGCCUGGACCCGCGGCGAGCCGCGCCGACCUCUGACCUCCGGGGGAGACUACGAGCUGCUGCAGAAAGACGACGUGGUCUCGCUGCUGAUCAGGAGAGUUAGGAGGCAUCACGCUGGAGACUACCAGAUCACCCUGAGGAACAAGGUUGGGGAGUGCAGCGCUGUUUCCUGUCUGUCUGUCAGCGGCGAAGAGACAGACAGGCAGAGAGGACGCGCAGCAGAGGACAGCUGCAGCCCUGCAGGAGGAGGGAGAGGAGGAGGCUUGGAGCAGAGCAGCAGCAGCAGCAGCAGCGGCGUCCGUGGUGUCAGUCGGCAGGAGGCCAACCGGCAGCAGAAGAAGAAGAAGGAGACCCAGCCGCUCCUGCACCUGCACGCGGAGGAGAAGAAGAAGAAGAAGAAGGAGGUCGACCAGGACCGUGCAGCCGGCCUCCUCAAGCGCUGCUGCGUGGACACCAGGCAGCGCGGCGAAGACGAGCUGCGUCAGCGGGACGCACAGCAGCUCGACUUCCGCUCGCUUCUGGGACGGCGAGCUCUCAACGCCAAAACCACCCGAAGGGAAGGAGAAGAAGAAGAAGAAGAGGAGCCGAGCCAGGAGGCCGCCACCGGCCAGCGCCAACGCAUCGUCCCGAUGGAUUUUAAGUCCAACCUCAAAGGCGUCAAAGCCAAGACGGAGGAGGACCGCAAGGCCAACUCCCCGCAGCAGGUCGAUUUCAGAGCCGUCCUGGGGAAGAAGGGCGCUGCAGGACCCGCCGGGAACGCCACCAAACCCGCCGAGACGCCCGGGAAGAACGCCACCAACAGCGCCGCCACCUCCCCUCCCCCCUCCUCUGACUUCCGCUCCGUCCUCGCCAACAAGAAGAAGCCGGCGAGCCCCGAGAAGAACGGGGACAAGGUGGCGGUGAACAACUGCGUGGACGGAGGGAUUAAGGAGGAGAAGAAGAAGAGCGGCGGUGGCGGCGAGAAGGCGCCGGAGUUCGUGGAGAAGCUGAGCGACGUGACGGUGCUGGACGGGCAGCGGCUCCGGCUGCAGUGCCGCCUCAACGCCGCCACGGACGCCGUCGCCACCACCUGGACGCUGGACGGCAAGAACAUCAAGUCGUCAAAGUUCAUCGUCCUCGCCAACGAAGGCGGCCUGCGGCCUGCGCCUGUGCUCAUAUUGUGUUGUGGCGAGGCUUGCAGGCGGCCCGUGCUCAUAUUGGCGGCCUGUGCUCAUAUUGUUGUGUUGUGUUGUGUUGCAGGCGGCCUGUGCUCAUAUUGUUGUGUUGUGUUGCAGGCGGCCUGCGGCCUGUGCUCAUAUUGUUGUGUUGUGUUGCAGGCGGCCUGUGCUCAUAUUAGGGAGAAGAAAAAAAAGGAGCGGAACUCAGCCGGCUCCACUGAGUGUUCCUGUAUGGUUCUCGUAGACGAUCCGUCAGAAAACUCUCUGGCUGACAAGAAGUCCAAGAAGGCGACUCCGACCUCAGAGAGUGAAGCCAGAAUAAAGAAACCCACGGCCAAGACUCCUCCCAAACAAGCUCUGCCUCCUCAGAUCCUGCAGUUCCCCGAGGACAUGAAGAUCCUGGCCGGGGAGAAGGUGGAGAUCCUCUGCACGUUCUCUGGAGCUCCGCCCAUCACCUGCACUUGGCUCAAGUUCAGGAAACCAAUCCAGGAGGGCUCGGCUGAUAUCUCCAUAGUGACCAGCGACAGCAGCAGUAAGCUGACGAUCAGCAGCGGUCAGCAGGAGCACUGUGGCUGUUACACCGUAGAGCUGAGGAACGCUGUGGGCCUGCGCCAGGCUGCCCUCAACCUCACCAUCGUCGAUAAACCUGACCCCCCAGCCAGGGUCCCAGCAGCCUCAGACAUCCGGCGGUCCAGCCUGACCCUGUCGUGGUACGGGCCGACCUACGACGGAGGCAGCGCCGUGCAGUCCUACAACCUGGAGAUCUGGGACUCGCUGGAGCCCACGUGGAAACACCUGGUGUCCUGCAACAGCACCUCCUACAACAUACAGAACCUUCUUCCAGAGCGGCAGUAUAAGUUCCGUAUCCGGGCGGAGAACAUCUACGGAGUCGGAGAGCCGAGCGCCGAAUCUUUACCCGUCACUGUCGGACUGGUGGACGACGAUGAAGAGGCCGAGGUGGAGGAGGAGGACGAAGACUCGGAGAAGGAGCCCGACUACAGAGACGUGAGCAUCCGAGCAGACGUGAAGGUGAAGGAGCUGUACGACGUGGAGGAGAGGCUGGGAACGGGUAAGUUCGGUCAGGUCUUCAAACUGGUGGAGAAGGCGACGAAGAAGGUGUGGGCGGGCAAGUUCAUCAAGGCGUACUCGGCCAAGGAGAAGGAGAACGUCCGGCACGAGAUCGGCAUCAUGAACAGCCUCCACCACCCCAAGCUGGUGCAGUGCAUCGACGCCUUCGAGGGCAAGUCAGACAUCGUCAUGGUGCUGGAGAUGAUUUCGGGCGGCGAGCUGUUUGAGCGGAUCAUCGACGAGGACUUUGAGCUGACGGAGAGAGAAGUGAUUAAAUACAUGCUGCAGAUCAUCGACGGAGUCAACUUCAUCCACAAGCAGGGCAUCGUCCACCUGGACCUCAAACCAGAGAACAUCAUGUGUGUCAACAAGACCGGCAGCAAGAUCAAACUCAUCGACUUCGGCCUCGCCCGACGACUAGAAAACGCAGGAACUCUGAAGGUUUUGUUCGGGACUCCAGAGUUCGUGGCUCCAGAAGUGAUCAACUACGAAGCCAUCAGUUACCCCACCGACAUGUGGAGUAUAGGAGUCAUCUGUUAUAUACUGCUGAGCGGUUUGUCUCCCUUCAUGGGCGACAACGACAACGAGACUCUGUCCAACGUCACCUCGGCCUCCUGGGACUUUGAGGACGAGGCGUUCGACGAAAUCUCCGACAACGCCAAAGACUUCAUCACCAACCUGCUUAAGAAAGACAUGAAGGCUCGCCUCACCUGUGCUAUGUGUUAUGAACACACCUGGCUGAAGCAGGACACCAACACCAUGAAGGCCAAGAAACUCUCCAAGGAGAGGAUGAAGAAGUACAUCCUGAGGAGGAAAUGGCAGAAAACGGGUCACGCUGUCCGAGCCAUCGGCAGGCUGUCGUCCAUGGCGAUGAUGGCCGGAGUCAGCGCCAAGAAGGGCUCGCCCACCGAAGAGGAUAACCAGUUCCUGGAGUGUUUGGAGUACGAGCAGAAGACGGAGUGUAAGCCGACGUUCAGCUCGGUGAUCAAAGACGUGGAGGUGGUGGAGGGAAGCGCCGCUCGCUUCGACUGCAAGAUCGAAGGUUACCCUGACCCCGAGGUGGUCUGGUACAAAGACGACCAUCCGAUCAAAGAGACGCGACACUUCCAGAUCGACUACGACGAGGAAGGAAACUGUUCUCUGGUCAUAUCAGAGGUGUCGGGCGACGACGAUGCCAAGUACACGGUGAAGGCGGUCAACAGUCUGGGGGAGGCGACGUGCACCGCCGAGCUGCUGGUGGAAGUGAUGGCCGGACAGGAAGAAGAAGAAGAGGAGGAAGAAGAGGAAGAGGAGGAAGAAGAGGAAGAGGAGGAAGAAGAAGAAUAAAGCAGUGUUGGUCUGGACUCCCACAGGAAGAGGAAGAGUUGUCAUUCCUCUUCAGGAAACUAUUUUACCCACAAACAGGGUUCAGAAUUAAUUCAAUUUGUUUUCGUCCACCAGCCAAACUAGAGAGCUAGAGAACGUUCACGUUCUACCAAUAAUUAUAAACUAACCCAGGCUGCAUCUCCAGCGCUACGUUUUGGUUUUUAAGUGUUUGAUUUUUGAGCCCAAAAUGAUCUCGGUGCACCGAGUGUUUUUAUCUCCAGUAAAAGAACUGAUCUCUGUUUAAACUAACACGCCCAAAACCUCAUAUCUCAUCAUCAUCCUGGUAUACUGGACGUAAACAGGAGGCAGCUGCUGGUAGUUACCAUGGUCAGUAGCUUUAAGUCUCAGAGAAUGAGAGUUCGUGACCGAUAAGACCCAAUCAGGAGGAGAAACGUUGGCGUCAGUGUUGCCAAAAGGUCUCCGUUUGGGGGCGUUGAGACUGCAAUCCAACCCCCGCAGAUUCAGAACCAAAAGGGGUCAGAAGAGUUUCCACAUGUCUGGUUUAGGGGCUCGGAAACACCAGAGCAGGGGGAAUGAGAGGGGGACACGCUA